ACUCUGAUCUCCGCCUCCAUUGUCAAGUCCUUGCCCUGUGUCUGUGCCCAGAUUCCCUCUUUCUGCAAGGACGCCAGUCACACUGGACCAGAGCCAACGCCACUCCAGUGUGACCGCACCUUUACUUAAAUAAUUAUAUCAGCAACGGCUGUUCCCAAGCAUCUCCUUCUGUUCGGGCUGCUGAUCAGGCUGGCACAGACCAGACGGCUUAUAAACAGCAGGUACUUCUUGGAAAAACUGAAAAAGCUUCCUGGACGUCGGUGGCCCAGAGCUGAUGGCAGACAAUGUCAGCCACUAACAACAUAGCCCAGGCCCGGAAGCUGGUGGAGCAACUUCGCAUCGAAGCCGGGAUAGAGCGCAUCAAGGUCUCCAAAGCCUCCUCCGAACUCAUGAGUUACUGUGAGCAGCACGCCCGGAACGACCCGCUGCUGGUCGGAGUCCCAGCCUCCGAGAACCCCUUUAAGGACAAGAAGCCUUGUAUUAUCCUAUAGCUCUGUCUCCUGCCCUGUGCCGCUCUGUCACUCUCUCUCUCUCUGUCUCUCUCAGCCAGAGCAUCAUUCAGCACACAGUCAAGAAAACGUUUCGAAUCCCAAAACUUCUGAUUCCAAAAGAAAUGCAAAAAGUUGCCACUGCCCAAAUGGGGUAAAAUGUAUCUUCUGGGUCUAGAUGGGUUUUCUGACCCAGCAACGCAGCCCUCUCACGGCCCAGCCGAAGGAGAGCCGUCUGAGUUGUGAUCUGAAGCGGAGUCGGGCCAGAAGAAGGCAAGGGGCCGGGUGAAUCUACCACCGGCCUGGACGACCCAGCAGGGUGGCCAUUCCCACACAAUUGGCCAUUUGUGGGAAGAUCUUCUUCUUUUCUGUAAGCAGAGUAAACUUGGGUGGGCAGUGGGGGAGAGACGUAAUUCAGUUCUGUGGAAGAAUUUCUCCUUUUCAUUUAAAAAAUUGUUACUCUA